UACAAUUUUACAACUUGCAAAUGAGAACAUGAAAUAAGCUGGAAUUAUUAAUUAUUAUAUAACGUCUAAUGCGUAUUUACCAGAUUAUUCAUGCAAGUUACAUGUCAAGUUAUUUAUAUAUUUUCUUAUAUAAUUAGCAAGUUAAUUAUGAAGGAUAAAUGUAUGGAAUGGUGGUGUGAUGAAUCUGAGACAUUACUGGUAUUAGAAAUUAUUGUUAUCGUUCUCAGUUUAAUUGGAUGUGUUUGGAAUAUUAUUACUAUUCUUGCGAUUUGUUUUUCCAGUUUACGUUUCAAAACAUACUGUGUCUUUAUUGGAAGUUUGAGCCUUGCUGGAUUCUUAUAUUGUUGUGUGAUUCUACCAUUAGAAGCAGUGACAUUUCACAAACAAUAUCAAUCUGUUCCGCCAUUAUUCUGUAAUGCAGUCGGAGGAGUAAGAUACACACUUGUGGGUGUUAUUGUGAUACACUUAGGAAUAAUUGCACUUUAUCGCUACCUUAAUGUUGUACAUUUGAAGCAGUACCAAAAACUUUCCAAGACUAAACCUUUGAUAAUAACUAUUGCUAUUGGGUGGUUACUGCCACUUGUGUUUACAAUGCCUGCUUCAUUCCAAGUCUGGGGCGGAUUUAAAUAUGUACCUGCCAUUUUGGCAUGUACUUUCGAUCGAGACAUAGAACAAUCAAACAGAGUUCUCACUGUUACACUAGGUUUUAUAGUACCAUGUAUUUUCAUCAUAUUCUGUUAUGUUAAAAUUGGAAUCAAAGCCUAUGGAAGCUCAAAACGUGCCCAAAGCACAUCUCUGGUAAAAGCUUUGCGCCGUUCUGCGAUGAUGUUGUGUAUAUUUGCAGCCUAUUUUGUUGGGACAUUUCCAUAUUUUGUUGUCAAUAUUUAUGACCAAUCAUUUUCUAAACCUGUCCAUCAUGUCUGGACUACAUUCUUAGGAUGGACAUUGUACUGUGUAAAUCCAAUAGUGUAUACAGUUAUGGAUUUUAAAUUCCGCAGAGCCUAUAAACAAUUUUUCUUGUGUAAAUGUGAAAAAAAUCCAAGAAGGGGGUCUUCAUUUACAAGGAAAAAUCCAUUAGAAAGGAUGUCUUCAGGUACAAAUACAAAUUCUGAAAAACUUGUGCAUCCAGACACAUCGAGUACAAUUCCUAUCAAAAGCUUGCAUCCAUGUGCAAAUUCAUAUUCUGUAAGAGGAGUGACCUCCGAUACAAGUACAAAUUCUGCAAGAGGAGUGACCUCCGAUACAAGUACAAAUUCUGUAAGAGGAGUGACCUCCGAUACAAGUACAAAUUCUGUAAGAGGAGUGACCUCCGAUACAAGUACAAAUUCUGCAAGAGGAGUGACCUCCGAUACAAGUACAAAUUCUGCAAGAGGAGCAACCUCCAAUACAAGUACAAAUUCUGUAAGACGUAUGCCUCCAGAUCUAGCUACAUAUGUGUGAUAUACACAGAUUCGAAACUUUUUGUUACUUUUCUUUUCAUGCAACAGAGUUGGACUUGAUUAAUUAUGUCAUGCACAUACUAUUUUUGUUUAUACAGAUAAGAAUUUGUUUUUUCCAAUUCAAUGGGGUUUUUUCUUACUACAUGUAAGAUUUAUGA